CGGGCGAUUUCGUAUUAGAAUCCCGCAUAUUCCGAUUGGAAAUCAGAGAUUAGAGCAAUGGAAUGUUUGAGGCGGACAUUUAUAGUUCUGUUUGUUUGUUUGCUCGUUGACAGCUGGGCUCAGGGGUCAGGUUAUCGCACCAGGUAUGAACCCAAUUGGGCGAGCCUAGAUCAGCGCCCGCUGCCCAGGUGGUACGAUGAGGCGAAGGUGGGCAUAUUCCUGCAUUACGGCGUCUACUCUGUGCCGAGCUUCGGCUCCGAGUGGUUCUGGCACUACUGGAUAAAUCUACACAAACCGGACUAUAUACGUUUCAUGCAGCGCAAUUAUAAGCCCGAUUUCACCUAUCAGCAAUUCGCGGAUCAAUUCACAGCGGAGCUCUUCAAUGCCACUCAGUGGGCGUUGCUCUUCAAAGAUAGUGGCGCCAAAUAUGUUGUGCUCACCAGCAAACAUCACGAUGGAUACACGCUGUGGCCUUCCAAGUACAGCUUCGGCUGGAACUCUGUCGAUGUGGGGCCUAAACGGGAUAUUAUUAAGGAACUAGCGUCAGCUGUGCGCAGCGUUUCUGAUCUGAAAUUCGGGCUGUACUACUCGCUUUACGAGUGGGUCAAUCGCCUGUGGAUCGAUGAUAAGGCGCACCAACUACUGCAGCAGCACUACGUAGACUACAAGGUGCGCCCGGAGCAGAUGGAGCUAGUACAGGAGUAUCUACCGGAGAUUCUUUGGUCAGAUGGGGACCAGGAAGCGCCGGCCAAGUACUGGCGAUCGGAGGAGUUCAUUGCCUGGCUCUACAAUGAAAGUCCAGUCAGGGAGACGAUUGUAACGAACGAUCGCUGGGGCUUCGGCACCGCCUGUAUGCAUGGCGACUUCUACAACUGCGCCGAUCGCUUCAAUCCGGGCGUGCUGCAGCGACACAAGUGGGAGAACGCCUUCACACUGGAUCGCACCAGCUGGGGACAGCGCUUCGAUGUGACCCUGGCGGACUUCAUGAGCUCCAAGGAUGUCAUCAAGGAAAUCGUCACAACGGUCAGCUGCAACGGAAACGUCUUGAUNGGCAAAGAAUCGAAUUCCACUAUCGCCGUCAUCUAUGCCUUUGUCCUAGAAUAUCCCUACGAUACUAACGAACUGGAGAUCUAUCCUCUGGGCAAGGACAUCAGUAUCUUUCGCAAUGUCCUGCUUACCGGGCUUGACUUUGGCAUGGACAACGAAGUAAUAAAUAAGCAAACUACGCAAAUAUCCAUGUUGGGCAUGGAGAAUACAAAAAUCAAUUGGACUGCAACUCACAAUAAGUUGCGAAUUGUGUUUCCACCCAAGCAUCAUAUUGACAAGCGUGGACUGGAAUACGCCUGGACUUUUAAGAUAACCAUAGCUUAAAUAAAUAUUUUAUUAUUAAUUCUUGU